AUGCAGACCAAUGAUGAUGAUGCUUCAGAGCUUCAUUCCGACAUCUCGAAUUUUAGGCGCAGCAAGCUUUCAAAGCAGCAUGAGCCUUUUGUAAAAGAUUCUAUUGCAUUCUCAUUUUCAGAAUCCCCUGUCUCUGCUAGACCACCAUCACUUGGUUCUUGGGUUUUAAACCAAGGAAGUUUAAGUGGUACCGAAAAGCGGAGAAGUGAUGUUUGUAGAUCGAGCUUGAGCUCUAUUGCAGAAGUAGCUACUUCAUCCAUGAAUGAUCUCUCGAUCCAUCAAACCGAGGAUUCUGCCUCCUUUUCAAAAUCGGAAGCUUCAACCAAUUUCCAUUACUCACCUCCAUAUUCGGCUCCGGUACCUUUUGCCCCUUUAUUGCCUGAUGCUGCAUCUUGGUUUAAUGCUAGUAGGCCAAAUUUUUGGGAGGUAAGGGGCUCAGAGUUCAUUAACAAACCCGAGAAUUUCUAUGAUGCAUCAAGGAUGAGUGAAUACCCUAAUUGGUAUCCUGAUGGCCAAGUUAAUUAUGGUCCCGGUAUUCCAGGUUUCAUGGAUAAAUACCCUCCCUUCAACGGGAUGAGUUCUUCAGAAUGGCUUCGGAGAUACAGAGAGAGUCGUAACCCUAGUUCGUGCAAACAGCCAUGCGCAGCCUAUCAACUAUUACACUCCCAUGAACCCCAUUCCCACUCCGAGUUCGUCCCGAUUCGGUCUUUUUGAUCAAUGUGGAAUCCCCUCCGUACAAAAUCCAACAGUUUACACCGAGACUCCAACGUUGCAUCAAGGAUUUCCCUGUGACUACGGCAUGGAAAAACCGGGAAUGGAAAAGCCGUUCCAGGGUUAUCAAAGGCCAACCCCUUACGGCUGUGGUACCAUGACCGAACCCAUAGCCGGGCCGAGACCACUCUUGCAGUUUCUAAAAGAGAAAGAAUGGCAACUCCAGCAGGAUCCGCCCUUGAGAAAUCCUUCUUUCAUGGGAAAUUAGAAGUUUCAAAGCUCUCUAUGUACAUUCACGCAG